GUGGGGUUCAGCACAAAAUCCCCAGCUCAAAGUAGCUCCGCUGGGCAGGGGGUGGCCCCAACCAUGAUCUCCCUGCAGUGUGGGCUGGAAGCCCCCUCCAAAUCAGCAGCCCUUGGUUGUGCUAGUCUUGAGCCUGAUACCAAACCUCCAGGAGUAAGGAUGCUCCUAGGACCUUCACAUCCACAAAGACACCACCACGGACACCCAAUCCUACUCCUAUUGGUUUCUGCUCAGGGAAAAUCCCCAUUACGUGUGUAGAAAAGGUGGCCUUACACCUGUCUCUGACAGAUGGCACCAGACCCUUUGUCUCUGAUGUAUCCAACCUCAAGUCCCUUAAUUCUCUCUCGGAUCCAACUUCCAGAGCUUUGGUCUCUCUGGGAGAUGGACCAGCACUCCUGUUACUCUCUCCCAUAACCAGUACUCUGGCUUGAAUUUGCUAGAGGACUGCACAGCCAUGCAGACACGCCACAGACAGAUGGUUUGUACAAAGAAAUUGUUAUAAAUAAAGUUUACUAGGAAUAGAGGACAAAUCAUGGUGAUCAGAUAUAGAGUAUGGCAAGAGAAGUAUAAUAACCAGCAACCUGCUUACAUGAGCUUAAGCCCUUUCAUUCCUUGUUUCUUUCUGUUUCCACUGAACCACAUUUGUGGGUUUUGUAACAGGAACUACAGUUUUAAGAGCAGUGAAAUCAGACAGAAUUAGGUGAGCUGUGGUUUCACCUGAGCACUUUCCCUCUGUUCGCUGUCUGUUUAUCUCAGUAGCCAUCAGAAAGGUAGCUUGUCGCUUCCUGGCAUAUCAAAUGCAAAUCACUUUGGUAAGGAUGAAGCUGUUCUUGUAAUGUUAAAAGAGGAGAAAAUUAAAAUAUUUUGCAUAAUACUGCAAGUCGCACACUAUCUGCUUACUAUGUAAAUUGAGAGGAAAGGAAGACAAAUAUUUUAUCUUUUUAUGGGACUGGUUAUUACCGGUGUCUACACCAAGCACUCUGCUUUGUCCAUCCCAGGCAGUUCAUGUUGAGCCACCACAGCCCAAAUGCCUGCUGUGACAUGGGUGUCACAAGACUUGUUGCACAGGGUAACGGUGAAGAUUACAACAACCUCCAGGAGGUACCUCAGCCUCUCCCAUUGCAUCAGAGAGGGACAAGGUGCAACCCCAUCAUCCUCACACAAUGGGUCCCUUUCUGAUUGGCCAAGGGGGGACGUGUCAGCAGGAAUAAGCACAUGUCCCACCCACCAGCAAUGGUAGAAAAAGGGUAUUUUCACCAAGCCAGUACUCUUCGGACACAAGGGCGUCUGGAGGCAGGUGACUCCUGGUGCACUGGUUAACUGCCUGAACACCAAGACCUUCAUCAGGUAGGUAUUAUCUGGGUCUCUUUCUCAAAAAACUGACCAUUUGGCUUCUCUGUUCAACUACCAUGACCCUAGACUCAUAUAAAUGACAAACUGCUGGAUAUAAUUAGACCAUCACAGACACCUAGGAAAAAGAAUAAAAACCUUACUAUGAGUCUAAGAGCCCAGAACAUGGGGAGGGUGGCAUUAAUAUUUCCUAAUAACAAAAGGGACUGCAAAGGUGCGUUGAGACAGGAGGAGGGACCCGAGGUCUUCUGUUCUGGGAGAAUGGGGACUUUCCUCAGCAAAGCAAGGCGAUACUUUUCCCACAGCAGUGCAGAGAUCUCCCAUCCUGUCAGGCUUUUACUUAACUCAAAAGAUUGAUUGGUUUUUGUGUUUCUGGCCACCAAGACACUUGCUUGUGCUCUUUCUCCUCCCUGGGUUGGUGCUGCACAGGGCAGGGGUAGGAAGCGUGGGGCCGUGGAGCGUCUUUCCUGGGAGCCCAGGCUUGGUCUUGAGUUGGGGAUGGGCACUCCCCAGCCAAGCUGGCAGGACUUUCCUGAGCACAGGAAAGCAGAGCUGAUGGGGCAGGGUGUUUUGGGCAGCCAGCUUUGGACUGGCUGAGCUGAUGGAGAGCACUGGGUAACAUUUCAUAGAGCGUGUUAUUUCCAAGCACAUGUAUUUCCCCAAAUUCGAGCGCCUGGAUCCUUUCUCUCCCAUAAUCUGACUAAGGGCAUGGCACUGAGUGUUGGCACAAUCCUUUCCUGAUGUGCAGACCUUCCUUGCUCUGGCCCUUGCUUAAAGGAGAGGCAGAAAUGAGAGAGGAAAGUCACAAGUAAUAAUUCUGAUCUGCUUGAAAUCAGGUCACCUUUCACUUGUUGAUUGGGGACAACCCUGGAGACAGACCAUGUUUAUUUCAGGCCAUAAGAAUUUAGCAUCUUCAGAGAACCUUGGACCUUUGUGUGGUUCUAGCAAUCAGGGAAUAUAUAUGUGCUUUGUUGAUGAGAAAAGCCUUUGAUACAUGAAGAAUGAGGGUGUAAAUGUUCAAUAGUUCCGUAACUUUCAAUGUCAAUUUUAAAUCUUCAUUUUCCAAAUUUCACUGGAUGUUGUUUUAAUUGAAUUGGUGACAAUUGGCCCCGAGGUUUGCAGUGUGUUCUUUGGGGAAGACCUUUGAGAAAGUUAAUGCAAAACAUCAGCUUCGUUACUCAAUUUCCAAGAGACUGAGACAUCAACAAAUGGUCCCAAGAUAAGCUGGGCACUAUAGAGGUGGAAAUUGUCCUGAAGAGAAAGGUAGAGGAAAUAUCAUCGACUUUAGCUGAAGGUAGACCCUCUGCAGUUUAGUAUACCACAGUGCUGAGGCUUCUGCACCUCCUGGGUUCCUCCAUGUCAUUAUUGCCUUGGUGUCCCCCUCUGCAGCUCCCUGAAGACCUGCGCCAGUCAUCAGCCAUGAAGAUCCUGUACCUGCUCUUCCCCUUCUUCCUCCUGUUGAUCCAGAGUGCUGCAGGAAGCUCGUCAGGAUGCAGGCGAAGAGGAGGAUUUUGCAAAAUUGGGUCAUGUAGGUAUCCUACAACACCUAUUGGAAGAUGCUCAAGAUUUCGAACAUGCUGCAAAAGGGGAGAGAGGAGGGAGUGGGAGGAAGAGAAAAGUAAGUUCCAGCAGGUGACAUGCUUGUCUGCUUUCUUCAUACAGUAUCUGGGGGUGAGCCCCUGAACAUCCCAAGCAGAACGUCCCCCUCGCUUCUGGCUCCUGGAACCAUGCCCUGAUGUCCUCUCCCCUCCCUGCCUCUGCCGUGCCCAGGGUCUGUGCCAGCAGCAGUGGCAGCGCUGCUCCCGCUGGGUGCCGGGUGCUCGUGGGCUGGAGACACCCCGCGAUGGAGCCGGUGUCGCUGGGGCAGAGGCUGCUUUUCCCAGCUUGAAUAAAGACGAGCAGUUUGGCAUUGCAGCGGGUGGGACGUGUGGCUGUUUGCUAGUGAGGGAGGGCGUGCUGCGCCGGCUCGCUCUGGGGGUGGUGGCACCCCGUGAAGCUCUGCGACACGUGUCAGCCAUGAAGAUCCUCUACCUCCUCUUCCCUUUCUUCCUCCUGUUGGUCCAGGGUGCUGCAGGAUCCUCCCUGGCUCCUGGGAAUAAGAAAGAAUGUGAGCGACAAAAUGGCUUCUGUGGAUUUCUGAACUGUAAUUUCCCCUUUGUUAUUAAUGGAAAAUGUUCGAGGUUCUUCUUUUGCUGUAAAAACCCCGUGAAGAUCUGCGACACGCGUCAGCCAUGA